ACAAGCGGCAGCGCCUCACCUGCCCGCCGUGCGCUCCGUCGGCCCCGGCCGCUGUGCUGGGAGCCUGGCAGUCGUCCUGGGCAGCUGGGGAAGCCUCGGCGCUGCUGCUGCUGCUGCUGCUGUUUCGCCCCCUGCCCCAGCGCCGCACCUGCCUCGCCCCGCCCGCCCUGCCGCUGGCUCUGCCUCCCACCUGGGCGCACCUGGGAGGCCGAGACGGGGCGCCCGCAUGGAGCCCGUCCGGCUCCCCGACGAAGCCGCCUUCCGCGCCUUCCAGGCGGAGUGCGAAACGGAGCUGGGCUGGCUCAGCCGCUACAACCGGGAAGGCAUCGCCGUCUGGGGGCAGCUGCCUCCCCAGGGGGACUUCGCCGUGCACCGCGUCAAGGGCCGCGUGAACAUGCCAGACGUAUCAGCCGAGACCGUAUUUGAUGUCCUCCAUGACACCGAAUACCGGAAGAAGUGGGACUUGAAUGUUAUAGAGACCCACGAGAUCGCCCGGCUCUCUGACAACGCUGAUGUGGGCUA